UCAUUAAUGACGCACAUUUAAAUCGUCAUUUGCAAGGAAAUAUGAGUGGUGUAAAGUCGAGCGGUCUGAUAUAUACUGAUAUAUUUUGAAAAGUAAGCUAAAUUGUAGGGAGACGCUUUAACUCGCACGUACAUUUAGAUGGCUAUCAUUAUUUAUCAUUGUCAUAUCAGAAUAUUUGUUUAGUACUUGUAUUAGACAACUGGGAAUCACGGUUUAGAACAUCAAACAAGAUCAGCCUAACUUUUUUUGGCUGAUACGUGCUUUUUAGAUAUUUUUUAGAAAGACUCUACACCAAACCUUAAUCGAAUCAGAAUUGAUUCGAGCUGAAGUCUAAAAUCUAUCAAGGAUUUUACUUAAAACCGAUAUGGGAAAAGCAACUUAAAUUCGUUUUUAUACCGGUCGCUCAAGUUUGUAAAAUGUUAUUUGCCAAUUAUAGACACUUGGUCAAUUAUAAUAUAAAUGUAAUAUAUAAGCCAGAUUUUACAAAAACCAGGACAGGAGUGAUAGUACAACGAGUAGGCGCAUGCAAAUAUUUAAUAACAUGCUUUGGAAAUCUGGUUUCCUUGUAGCUGCCAUUAGACCAGGCCGAAUAAAUAAUGUAUGUAUCUGCUCGUUAUUUUUUUAUUCUAUUUAUAUUCAAGUGCCGAGAUGAAAUGGCGUCAAUUUGUUACAGUUAUACAUUUUAGCAAUUUAGUAAUUAGUAGGUACGUUCAUUAAAUCCUGCUUUCUGCAAGUAUUUGUAUGAUAGAUGCAAUUCUUCUAAUUGUAUACCUAAAGAACUUACUAAGUUCACAUGGAAAAAUUGUCCACGGCCUUAUCGCUAACUUUUAGCGCAAUACCCGACAGGAAGACACCCACCUAGUGAACGGGAAAAGAUAAAAACAAAUUUUAUAUAAUUUGGCAGUUACAAAAAGCAUCUCAUCCAAACCAACAAUGCCCGUGUUAAUCCAAUAUUGGUUUGUUAUUCUGUUAACUUUUGCAUAUUUUUGUGAUACUUUAGUACUAAGACCAGAACAAGCUGACUCAGUGAUAUCUAACGAUGAAGAUGUAAAUCGCGGUCAUAUUAGACGAAAACGGUUUCUGGGUCUAAGCAGGAAAUUUAAGCUUAACAAACGUUAUCAAGAAUGUAUUGGUCCCGGUGAUGCGAAAGGGCAUUGCAAACACUUAACGUUUUGUCCUAUCGACGUUUUAACAGGAACAAGAGCAACUUUGGAAUACUUGUGCGUCAUAGAAAAAACGUUUGUAGGAGUUUGCUGUCCAGAUGACGUGGCAUUAAGUGGUAUGGUCGGUUCUCAGUUGAUUAUGGACCUUCCAGCUGGCGGAGACGAUUAUGGGGACCAAAAUAAUAUCACCGGUUGCGGACUUUCAGCUGAAGGUCGCACGAUGAAUUCCAAACAAUCUUCUAGGGUACAAGAAUGGCCUUGGCUGGCAGCCUUCUAUCACCCGGAAGAUUAUGAGCAACGUUCUGAGCAGCAGUUUUGUGGCGGCGCUGUUAUUACAGACAAUCAUAUACUCAGUGCAGCUCACUGCUUUCAAGGAGAGUCCCCCCAAAACAUCAAAGUGCGCUUAGGAGAAUACGACUUUUCCAAGUCGAAUGAAACUCGAUUUAGAGACUACGACGUUGCUGAAAUAAUUAACCAUGAAAAUUUUGACUACUCAACGUAUGAAAACGACAUUGCCAUUGUUAGACUUGCAGAACCUACGUCAUUUAAUUCAUAUAUUUGGCCCAUUUGUCUUCCUCCGACGGGUGUCAAUUUUGAGGAUGAAACUGUGGUAGUGGCUGGUUGGGGCUAUAAAAAAUAUGGUGUAGCCAGUUUCUCAGAAAUGCUCUUGCAGGUGUCGAUUCCUGUAUGGAAUCAGCAGAAAUGUGUUGACAGUUUUUUGCAGCGAAUUACUGAAUACAAUAUUUGUGCUGCUGCGUAUGAAGGCGGCAAAGACUCAUGCCAGGGUGAUUCUGGAGGGCCUUUGAUGUAUCAGUUGCCAAAUGGGCGCUGGGUAACUAUUGGGGUCGUCUCAUGGGGUUUAGAAUGUGGAAAUGUGGGUAGUCCAGGUAUUUACACCAGAGUCAAUAGAUAUCUGCCCUGGAUUAUCAAAAACACCAUUGCUAAAACUUAGAGCAACUUAGUUGUACUCUUGACUGCAUAUUGGGUUACCGAUAAAUUGCAAUUUUUCAUUCGCUUACCAAUAAAACGCGCUAGAUUUAAAAUACUGACGUCCAUAUAUUUUAAAAUCCACAUGCUUCAACAUUCACUUAACUUAGAAAGCGUAAGCUUUUCUUGAACUAGACUUGUCGCCAAAUUAAUACAUAAGAGGUCAUAUUAAAAACUAGGAACAGUACAUAUAAUUCUAUUAAUAUAAAAUAAAUAUAUUGAUUGUAUAUCGUUUGUAUAGCACUGCAGCAUAGCGUUCAAUAAAAAAUAUAAAAAUAAAUAAAUACUCUGCGUAGUGACUAGAAAACAUCAGUAUUUCUAUUAAAUCAUGUGCCAGAUAUAUUUCUAAUGCAAUAUCAUGUGCAGUGACAAGUGGUCAUGUCUAGUGAUAAGCUUUUAAUUGCAGGAUAAAACUGCUAGUUUAACCUGUAAAAUGGCAUCAUAAAAUAAAGCUGAAAUCAUAACCGUUUCAUAAAAUGUUCAUGUUGAUUCAACCCAAGCCAGUGGCAGAUGUUCAAAAACUCCUUUUUGGGAAUUUUUAUUUUGGACUCAAUACACCUGAAAAUUACUGUUUUUGGGAUAUGAAAAUAAGUGUUAUUGUUGUUCAAUUGCACUUUAGAGCUAAGAUCUUGCACCUGUUAAUUUUUGGUUCAUCUAAAGAUAUUUUUAUUGAACAACCUGUGCAUGUCUAGGUAAGCUAGACGACGAUUUACAGCUCAUGUCAAUCACAAAAUCCUAUUAUUUAAAAUAAUAUAAAAUCUCUUAUAAUGUCAACAAGUUUAAAACGAAUUGCUCUGUAGCUGCUUUAGGUUGCAACUUCUUUAAUUUGCUUAUAGGUACACUAGUAUUUGCUUAAAAGAAGCGUAAAAUUCUUGUGCAUACACAGGGUGUUCGAACUACAUAUUAUAACAUAUUAUAACAUAUUAAUGCUAAUAAAAUCUCAUUACCCUGUUUUUUAAAUACCCUGUAUACACAUUACAUGGAAUUAUUUUCUGCAUAUAAAUGUUCAAAAAUAUACUUUUGUGUCUUGUCUUCCACUAUAGAAAACAGUGAGAGUACGUCUAAAGGAAAUAAUAGUAUGUUCAUGGCGGUCUAGUUGUGUAAUUUAAAACUGAACCAGAAUUGUGUAACUAAAUACAUUUACCUUAUACCUACCUA